AUGGCCUUAUUAAGGCGUCGACCUCGUUAUUUGCUUGAAAACGUUCGAAGUGACUCGUUCAGAAGCCACAAUAAAGAGAACAUUGUUUUAAUGUUUGCUUUCCUUUGUGUGUUUAAAGGCAAAUCACCAUUCUUCCCAAGCUUGGAGGAGCAGGCUGCUCUAUUGGAAGACCCUGCUUCACAUCUGGUGGAUGGCCAGGUGCUGCCUCCUCCAGCACCUCCUCUCAGCUCCCCUUCACGGUCAUCACCUCACAGUCAAGGAUCGGAAACUGGCGAACGUUACUCCAGGAAGGUCUUUGUUGGGGGGCUGCCUCCUGAUAUUGAUGAAGAUGAGAUCACUGCCAGUUUCCGACGUUUUGGGCCACUGGUUGUUGAUUGGCCGCAUAAAGCAGAAAGUAAAUCUUACUUUCCUCCAAAAGGAUAUGCCUUUCUGCUCUUUCAAGAUGAAAGUUCUGUGCAGCAACUAAUUGAUGCCUGCAUUCAGGAUGAUGACAAACUUUACCUGUGUGUCUCCUCACCGACAAUAAAAGACAAACCUGUUCAGAUCCGACCUUGGCGUCUCUCUGAUGCUGAUUUUGUACUGGAUGCUUCAAUGCCAUUGGACCCACGUAAGACUGUCUUUGUGGGAGGAGUACCUCGCCCUCUGAAAGCUGUGGAGUUGGCGAUGAUUAUGGAUCGUUUAUAUGGUGGAGUAUGCUAUGCCGGAAUAGACACUGACCCAGAAUUGAAAUAUCCUAAAGGAGCCGGACGUGUUGCUUUUAGCAACCAACAGAGUUAUAUUGCUGCCAUCAGUGCUCGUUUUGUCCAACUGCAGCAUGGAGAUAUUGAUAAGAGGGUGGAGGUGAAACCGUAUGUCCUUGAUGACCAAAUGUGUGACGAGUGCCAAGGUCAGCGAUGUGGAGGGAAGUUUGCUCCUUUCUUCUGUGCUAAUGUCACCUGCCUUCAAUACUACUGUGAGCACUGUUGGGCAACGAUUCACUCCCGACCUGGACGUGAAUUUCACAAGCCUCUGGUGAAGGAAGGGGCAGAUCGCCCUCGUGCUGUGCCGUUCCGUUGGUGUUAACGUCGGAGCGCCUUAGAUGAGUAAGAAAGAACGGCCCUGGAGACAGCCUGGGAUGGGGACAGGUGGUGUACAGGCGCUGACAUCACGCCCACUUCACUUCACCGCACUCUCCACUGCAAGUCACCAUUUUGGCAAAAUCUUCGGCAACUAGGAAAUUCUGUAGCAAGUGUGUCGUCGCGUCGCAGAAGAUACCACCGUUGUAACAACAACUGUAGGCUAGCUGUUUUCAUCGCUGUUUAUAUAUUAUUAUAUAUAGACAUAUAAUUAUAUAGGAAUAUAUAUUAUCUAUGAAUAUUCGAUAUGUAACCACACAUUCUUAAAAAUAUCUUUUUUAAAAGAAUGAGUCCUUCAAAAUGUAGCCCAGUCAGGUGGAUUGUACAUUUGGACAAUUUACUCUUUUUAAUUACUUGCUGGUUUGCCUGAGGCAAACACAAAAAUCCUGUCGCGGCCACUAUUCAUUGACGAUGUCAAACAUACGUAGUAUUUGUAACAAUAUAGUGACCGGGUAUCUCUGCCAAUACUUCAUGAAACAGAAUUUUUGUGAAUUUUCAGGGUACUGUAUUUGUAAAUAUGCAUUGAUAGUUGAAUGAACUUUUGUAUCGGUCGUGAUCCAUGUUAAAAGCUGUGUAACAAGCUUGUCUAUUUCCUAGUGCCCUUACCUGCUUUCCCUUAAGCUAGUACCUUUAAUAUACCUCCUUGGUGUAAAUAGUCAUUGUAAAAAUACCAGUAGUAGUUCAGUAUAUUAAUUUGUUUUAUAUUGAGAAUAUCUUCCAUAUUUAUUUUUUGGGUAUCAUUUUUGUACAUAAUGAAUUUUGCCUCCAGCCAUAUACAGAUUCUUACAUUAAUAGUGGUCAUUUGAACUGUGUUCAUGGCCAUUUUUUUAUACAAUUCCUAAUAACCAAACAACCUAUCUUAUAAUGUUAAUUAAUAUAUUUGUAAUAUCAUUAAUAAUAUAAGUAUUGGCAGAGACACUUUUAGUUGACAUAACUUUUGUAGCUUUAUCGUGCACACGUUUUUUAAAAGUACAUGUCGUAUAUAAAUAUAUAUAUAUAUACAUAUAUA